AUGUCGAGCGGACGGACGUAUACGGCUGGGAUCCGAGCCAGUCCCGGGCGACCGCUCUCGCUUGCGGCGGCGUCGAGUGCGGCGCGCGAGUCGACCAUGGCGGCGUCUGCGUCGUCGCUGGCGGCGACGUUGGCAUCACUGACUCAUCGUAUCGAUGCGCUGCAAGCUGGCGCGCGCAGGUAUGCCUAUCCGGCGGCUUCGGGCGCCACGUCGGCCGCUAUGCUGCUGGAGGAUCUGGCCAGAGCGACGGCGCCGGCGGGCGCACCGAGGUUGAUCCAGCGGGACGACGCCCUGUUGGACAGGUUUCGCGACUCGCAGCGGCUGACGCACUCGCUGAGAGCUGGCUCCGGCCCGCACACGGGCUCGCUCUCGCGCGGCGCCUCUGCCAUCGCCACACCCGGCGAUAGCCCGCUUGCCCUGCAGGACAUUGCGGCAUCGGGCGAGCCGGUGCUCCGCGGCGAGCUUGCCGAGCUGCGCAAGCAAAAAGCACAGCUGCUGGCCGAGAUGGCUGGCGUCCGCCGGGAGCGCGACGAGGCUCGGACCGAGGCGCAGGCGCGCGAGAUUGAGCUUACCCAGCUCCGCCUCGACGCCGUCGCCGAGAAGAACCGCCUGCUGGCCAAACUGCAGGCCGCUGCGGACCGGACCGCCGAACUAGAGGCCAAGAACGGUGCUCUGGAGGCGCUCGUCCAGAAGCAGCAGGACAUGAUCGGUCGACAUGGCGCAGACUACGCCGCCCAUGUCCAGCGACUGGAGGACGAUCUCGCCGCCGCCCGCACUGCGCUGGAGACGCCGGACCAUCCGUUGGGAAAGGACCCGUCACUCGACGACAUCCUUGCUCAUCUCGAGGGCCAUACCAGCAGCGAUGAUGAAGCAGCGCCAGAGCCGGAGCAGCAGUUGGAGCAGCAGACGGAGCUGCAGCCGGAGCAGCAGCCGGAACACCAACCGGAACACCAGCUGCACCCCGAGUCUGACGACGGAUCGUCCGAGUACGUCUACGUUUACGACGGCGAGAGCGACGACGGCGAGCAACCCGAGCUUGUCGCCCUGGUUGCGCGGACGCUUGCGCCCAUCUCGGCCGAGUACCGCAACCAUGUCCCGGAGCACAUCAUCCAGUCGGUGCUGAUGGCGUUUGGGGAGAGCGUUGACGAUGCCAACUCGCUGGCGAGUGAAGUGGCCGGCCUCGCCUUUGACGAUUUUGUAGUCCUUGUCAGCGACAUGGUAGCCCAUGCAGCUGUCAUCGGCAACGUCACCGUCGACUCGGCCAUCGCCCAUGUGGCGCAUGUAGUUGCGGACAUGUGAUUGAAC